AGCUGGAUUGAAAUCCAUUCGGUCAGUGCUGAAGAAAUCAGAAACUACCUCCUGGCUGCAGCAAACCGGGACAUCAAACAGAAACACAUUAGGUUCCUUUUUAGGGGAAAAAGGCAGUGUCUGGUGAAAUGGAUUUGACGUUCUGCCGAUGUCUAGCGUUGUUUCUUGUCCUCUCUUGGUCUUGGGCCGGAGUGGGGGCUGAGGACUGUGAGUUCCCUUGCCGCUGUCCCCCGGGACCCUCCAGCUGCCCUGCUGGGGUGAGUCUACUGACUGAUAGCUGCGGCUGUUGUAAGGUCUGCGCCAGGCAACUGGGCGAUGUGUGUGACUCCGGGCAGCCGUGUGACCAACACAAAGGGCUGUACUGCCACCCGCCCACACUCUCCAGCAAGCAAGCUGGCAUCUGCGUGGCCAGGGAGGGAGCUACCUGUGACCUGGGAGGAGUGAUCUACAGGAAUGGAGAGACCUUCCAGCCCAGCUGUAAAUACCAAUGUACCUGCAUGGACGGGGCAAUUGGCUGCGUCCCUUUUUGUAUGGAUGAUGUACGUCUGCCAAGCCCGGAUUGUCCUGCACCCAGACGAGUGAAGAUCCCUGGAAAAUGCUGUGAGGAGUGGGUUUGUGACCAGCGUCGGGAUCACUCUGCCUUCAAUGCAGCCAUGGCUGUUUAUAGGCAAGAAGCUAUUUUUGGCCCUGAUUCAACACAGGUCCGUGAUAACUGCAUUGUCCAAACCACGGACUGGAGUGCGUGCUCAAGAUCAUGUGGAAUGGGGCUUUCCACCAGAGUAACUAAUGACAAUAGGAAAUGCCGCUUGGAGAAGCAGAGCAGGCUGUGUAUGGUCCGGCCCUGUGGCGCCCAUCUCGAGAAAAGUAUCAAGCAAGGUAAAAAGUGUGUCCGCACUCCAAGGCCAAUCAAGUCAAUGAAGUUUGAGUUUUCUGGUUGUACCAGCACGAGAUCCUAUCGACCCAAGUUCUGUGGAGUCUGUACUGAUGGGAGAUGCUGCACCCCUCACUCCACCAGCACUCUACAUGUGGAAUUCAAAUGUCCAGAGGGAGAUCUUAUCAAGAAGAAGAUGAUGUUUAUCAAGACCUGUUCCUGUCACUAUGACUGUCCCUCUGACAAUGACAUUUUUAUGUCAACAUAUUACAGGAGAAUGAUUGGUGACUAUGCUGUAUAAGAGCAAAGGUUUCCCACAGUUGACUACCUGUAAAAGCACUGUACCAUUGUCUUUAGAUUCAAUUGAUAUCUGCAGUGAUUUACAAUACUCUUUCUCCACCAAGGAAAGGUGGAUUAUAAACCAGCUCAUAUCCAUAAAUACUUUGUUCUGAACAUUAUCCAUUUCUGACUAAUCAAAUGUUUGAAAAUGCAGUCUUGCUGAAAGUGAAUUUUAAGAUUCACCCAAUUGCAUUGGUCCAAAUUGUUUUUGAAUUGCUCCCUUCCAGAGCCCUGAAGUGCAGUGAUACAUUUUGAAUAUAGGAGUACAAAUUACAGGUAAAUGCUGAAACUUCACUUGAUAAACUCUACUAUUAUUUUACUAUAUAACUCUACUAUAUAAACUAUCAAUUUUUUCACACAAAUAGGUAGCACAGUGGCUCAGUGGUUAGCACUGCAGCCUCACAGCACCAGGGUUCUGUGCGGAGUUUGCACAUUCUCCCCGUGUCUGUGUGGGUUUCCUCCGGAUGCUCCGGUUUCCUCCCACAGUCCAAAGAUGUGCACACUAGGUGGAUUGGCCAUGCAAAAUUGCCCAGAGUGUUCAGGGAUGCGUAGAUUAGGGGGAGCAGUCUGGGUGGGAUGCUCUGAGGGUUGAUGUGGACUUGUUGGGCUGAAGGGCCUGUUUCCACACUGUAGGGAUUCUAUGAAAUUGCCUGACCUUAACUGCAAUAGAACUACUGAGAAAAAAAGGACUUCAUACUGAUCUGAUUAUUGGCAUGCUAAUGCCCCCAAGCAUAGUGCCUAGGUUCAUGUAAUGAGCCCUAAUAAUAAAUGAACAGCUCAAUGUGAGACCAGAGGAUUACUUCUACAAAGCUAUAGAUGAGCUGCUGCAUUAGGCAAUGGAAAAUCAUUGAGAUGCUCCCCAUGAUUGUCCAUUAUGUACAGGCUCAUCUCUCUGCUGGUGGUGCACAUUCAAAAAAUAAAAGAGCUCUAACAUCAGUGCUGAUCACCUCACAAUACAAUGGGUUUUAUUAUAUAGAGUAAUGCAUUAGUGUUCCAGAUGGAGUGAUAGAUAAAAACUUCCCUUUGAAUCUGUUUCCAUCCUAAUCCUUUUGAAUAGUGAACCAGCCCAGACACCAUCUGAUCAAUACUGUCUCAUGUGAAUUCCAAAAUAUCAAUGCAAGAAAGCAUCAUUUUAACAUUCUCAUAAUCAUGUAACUGUAAAUAUUGUAAAUACAAGUGUACAGUUUUAUAUUAUAAUAUAUUGUCACUCACUAUUUUUGAUUGUAGCAGUUUUUAUAGAAGAUGCUUCUGUAAGGUGGGCA